AUGGUGAAAGAAAAGCGUCGCUUUGAAUUUAUCAUCCCUAACGGCACUAAGAAUCUCUGCAUGCAAAUGGGCAAGAUCGUCUACAAGGACAGCAUGCGUUUCCUCCCCAUGGCCUUAUCUGCUUUCUCGAGUACCUAUGGCAUCCCCGAGCACAAGAAAGGAUUCUUUCCCCAUAAAUUCAAUACCCCCGAGAAUCAGAAUUACGUCGGACCACUCCCUGCAGCGAAAUAUUAUGACCCCGCGGAAAUGUCAGAAAAAAAGAAGAUUGAAUUUGAAACCUGGUACAUGGAAGAACAAAGUAAGAACCUCACAUUUGACCUGAAGAAAGAAUUGGUAGCGUACUGCCGCUCCGACGUGAAAUUGCUGAAAGCUGGCUGCCUCAAGUUCACAGAUGAGUUUAAGACCAUAGCUAAAUUCGACCCCAUGGAGAAAUGUGUGACGAUCGCCCAAGCCUGCAACAGGUAA